AUGGGUAGAAAGAAAUCAUCAAGAAAACCAGUCAAGAAAGUUGUUCAAAAAUUAGAUACAUCAUUCAAUUGUUUAUUUUGUAAUCAUGAAAAAUCUAUAAUAUGCACAUUAGAUAAGAAAAACAAUUUAGGUUCAUUAUAUUGUAAAAUAUGUGGCCAAAAUUUCCAAACAACUAUAAAUUCCCUAAGUAAACCUGUUGAUGUUUAUACUGAUUGGUAUGAUGCAACUGAAGAAGUUAAUAAAGGACAUGCUGGGUCCGAUUCUGAUGAUGAAGGUGCUGGUUAUGAUGAAACUACUGAAAGAGCAAAAGAUAGCAACUUCAUAGAGGAUGAUGAUGAAGAAGAUGAUGGGGAUUAUAGUGAUUAA